AAGACAGAUCCUGCUGUUUAAGCAUGCUCAUUUUAUUCACCUUUAUCGCCAUUACAACGGAUAGACUUAAAAUAUAAAUAGACAGUUUAAGCCAUUUUGCAAAUUACUUUCCGUCACUUUUUGGAGCCUCUAAAGCUUAAUGUUGUUUCCUCAACACGGUUACAUCCAGACUACAAUUCUGCAAAAAAAUGUAGACCUCACAAAGAUGCCGUUAAGAGAGAGAGCGCGCGCAAACAAGUGCUGCGCGCGCACAUUCUACACAUUUGAUAGAACAGAGGUAAAGGGUGAAAAACCAUGUAACGUUUGUGUUAGUUUAUAAAGGUGCGGAGCACCUGCUCUUCCGAUAAAUACAAUUUAUAACCUGGCAGCAUAGCAUUUACCUGGCUGUCAACUUAUUAAGCUUUUCCCAGUUCUUUAUAAUACGCUGCUUUAGCUGGAAGUGCUUCAGAACAAGUCUGAUUCGUGUUUUGGUUUUGAUUUUUUUCUUACAGAAGUACCGGAGACGUCACUCUGGAAGGGUGUAGAAGUGACUUGUCCACGGUGCUGAAAUAUUUACUUACUGGUUGUCAGGGGACGAAAAACCCGUGAAGACGGAUCUUCAAUUGAGCAGCAACCCCAACGGCUACUAAAAGAAACUCCCGGGAAAGGAGUGCUUGUGAAAACUGAUGGAAUAAUGAGACAAUAAAAUUAGCAUGAAUUAGAUGUGAAAUGAAACAAGGCGUGUAUGAAGCAGUUCUGAGCGGUCACCAAUUCAGUUGCAAAGGUAUAUAUGUGAGACGAUACUUCUGUUUAGCAACAGCUCCGCUAUUAUAUGAAUGUAUUCUGCUGGUUAAAUGUUUAUUAAUAAAUUGACGGAAACAGCAUUCGUGUUGUUGAAGUGAAAAUACAUUGACAUGAGGUGCAAGCAGAUAUGCGUCUUGAAGACCUGGAGUUGUGGUCUUUUCUUGCCAUCCACGGUUAAAUGAUGGCCACCCAAACGGAUUCCACAGGAUGUUGCUGUUGGUGGUGUUGUGAUUUCCACCUAAACGAAGAUAAUGCCCGAUUCUUUCUGUUGGCUAGUCUUAUGGUGGUAUAUAUGACGUUUGGAGCUGCUAUUUUCUCUGCUAUAGAGCACCCAGUGGAAAUGCAAAACCACCAGAAGUGGAACAAGACUUUCUUCAACUUUUCUCAGAGAUUUAACAUUAGCCCUGGGGAGUUCAGACGGUUUCUAAAAGAGUAUGAAAUGGCCAUGGCUGCAGGAGUUAGGAUGGAUACCCUUAGACCUAGAUGGGACUUCACAGGAGCCUUCUACUUUGUUGGAACGGUUGUUUCUACUAUAGGUUUUGGCAUGACCACACCUGCAACUGCAACAGGCAAGAUUUUUUUGAUCUUCUAUGGCAUGGUUGGCUGUGCUGGCACCAUCCUCUUUUUCAAUCUUUUCCUGGAACGUAUAAUCACUCUUCUGGCAGUCACUAUGAGAGCUUUCCAAAUACAUCAGUUGAAAGUGAAAGGGGUAUUUCCCGAACCUAGCCAAGGAAAAAACAAACUGAAUGAAGAACUAUAUAACUUAAUGAGCUGGAAACCAUCAGUAUAUAAUGUCAUGCUCAUUUUAGGAAUUGCAGCCAUCAUAAUAUCAUGUUGUGCGUCAGCAAUGUACUCACCAGCAGAAGGCUGGAACUAUAUUGACUCAUUAUAUUUCUGUUUUGUCACAUUUAGUACCAUUGGCUUUGGUGAUUUAGUAAGUGGCCAGAGGCAGUCUUAUGAUGCCCAAGGAUAUGGCUUUGGAAACUUCAUUUUUAUCCUACUUGGAGUAUGUUGUAUAUACUCUUUGUUUAAUGUUAUUUCCAUUGUAAUAAAACAGUUUCUUAACUGGUUACUGCAGUGUUUCACUUGUAACAGAAGAGCACGUCUGUCCCACAAGCACUUGAGACGACGGCAUUGCAUUGCAGCAGCACCUCUGUCUGAUGGAAGGCCUUUGAGAAGUGAGGUUUCCAUGGAUACUGAAGCAGUUUAUGAGAGUGAAACAGAUGCACGGCGUAUGUCAGUAGAAAUGAGUGUUAUAAGGGACUUCUUGGCAGCCUCAGCAUCUGUGCCGCACAGAGUAGCAGAUGCAGCCAUUCAAAAAACACAGGGACUCGAAUCAGGUAACCGACAUCAUCAUAAGGUAGCCUGGAGUGAUACUCAGAAUGGCUUCGGACCAGCCACUGUAACAAACAAUAAACUAGGAGAAACAGUGGAUCAUGAUCUUCAAAAAGGCCUCCUGAGUGACAUUGGAUCAUUAGCUGUAAUGAACAACAAGUUGGCAGAAACAAGCGAUAGUUGCCACAGUGGUGUACAUGUUGGCAUUAACCUGUCAUCUGUGAGGAAUAGUCGACUGCUUGAAAACAGUGACCACAGCCAUCAACAUAAAUUGCCCAGCAGUCAUGCCACACCUACCAGUGAGCACAAAGGUUGUAGCACACUUUCCAACACACCAGAUCCUUUAAGAGACAAGCUUGAAGAAACUAGUGACCACAGUGGUCAUGCAUGCUCCAGUGGAGUUGGUUCUUUGGCUAAUGUAAAUGAAAGUCUUGUGCCGACUAGUGGUGGGGAUUCACAAAACGGGUUGUCCAGUGGCAUUGGCUCUUUAUCAAUUCUAAAUAAAUUUGCAGAUGUCAGUGAUGUUAAUGAACAGAGACUUUGUCACGAUGGAUAUUUUUCACAUUUCACAGAAGCCAUCCUACAGGAACCCAAUCACCCUGUACAUACAAGGACUGAAGAUUUAGAAAGCUCCAAAUGUAGUGACUCUAGCCAUAGAAGGAUGAAAUCUGAGCAACUAUCUAGUACUAAGAAUAGAACAGUCAUGCACUCAGGUAGUACUGACUGUAUCAAGGACUGCUCAGGUGACACUGACUCCAUAGCAAGCAGGAAAAGCUGGACUCAUCACUGUGCUGAUAAUUCUGAUGUUGCGCUUCUCAGAAAUAUUGGGUCAUUAGCUGUCAUGAAUAACAGAUUUGCUGAAACUAGUCAGAAAAAUUUUAAGAAACACUUUGGAGUAUCUGGCAAUACUGAAAAUACCUAAUGUUUUUUUUUAAAUAAAUUUAUCGGAUUUACUUGUGAAUCUAGACUGAAAAAAUAGGCUAUAAUGUGUCUAGAUUAUUACUAAUUUCUUCUUACUUGCUGUCUUUAGAAAUAGCAGAGGCAAUGAAGGAGUGACAAACCAUUAGAAAGAGAUGGUGAAAAAGAACAGUGAGCAGAAUAGCAAAGUACUAGCACAGCAGUCUGGUUGAUAACAUUUUCAGAUUUCUUUAAGAAAUAGAGCCUGAAUGCAACACGCAUCAAAUGUCCUACCAUAUAACGGAAUACUGCUUUGGUAGAAACCAGAUCAUUUUUGAAAUCUAAGUUAAAGAAGCUAAUGACAUUUCAGAUGUGAGCUGGUGGAUUAAGUAAAUUAUAUCUGCAUCCUUUGGCUUGACAGUCUGAUGCAGACAUAUCUUCCUUUCAAAACAAAUGACAGCAUUUAAAAUGAGAAAGUAAUAUACAACUGCAAAGCAGUUCGCUUUUGAAUUUUUUUUUACUGAAAGCAUAGCAGAAAAGAUAUUGAAUAUUUUCAACAAAACUGAGAUACCAGGAGCUGGCAAUGUACUUAGGUUUGCAUGUUUUGUAGUGAUGCAUGUAUAUGAUUUGUUACAGCGAGGAGUGAGUUCAUUUUAUUCCAUAAUAUUCUGCACUGCACGAUCUGUGCUUCCUCGUUGUACUUUUCUGCUUUAUUGAUAGCCAAGUCAUCAGUAUCAUUUGCCUAGGAUACUGUGACAUAUAUUGUGUGUGUCACUGGAGGACACUGUUUGGCUUUGACAUAUUAACAUUUAGGUUCAGCCUGAACUCUGGAUUUCAUUUAACAGCAAUUAUAGGAUAAUAUGGAGAAUAAACUUAGAAGAGGUAUAUCAAUUGCUAAAAAGAGUCAAAAUUUCACUAAAGGGGUGAUAGUGUACUUAAGAGAUGUACUGGGCUAGCUAAAUUAAGUUUUCUGUCUUCUAACGUGGUGUGCCUUAGACAAAAAUGAUAAAUCCCUGUUCAGGUCCUAAUGUACAUGUUACAUUUCACAUGCCAUAUGGCAUGUAGUGUCACAGACACAAAAACAGAUACACACAUGCAGUGCUGUAGACUAUGUGUGUGUGUAGAUAUAUCUGUACUUAUAUCAAUAUGGCUGAGAAAGCAGCAUA